AUGUGGAGAGCUAUCAAUUUUACCUGGAUGUAUCUGAGCAUUCUCAGUCUCUGGUUUGCCACUUGGCUCGCUGUCUUCUACUGUGUGAAGAUCACCAGCUUCAACCAACCCCUUUUCCUCUGGCUGAAGCUGAGAUUUUCAGGGCUACUUCCAUGGCUUAUUCUGGGCUCCUUGCUGGUCUCCUUGGCCACCUCUCUCCCUUCAGUCAAUGUAAUACAUAUAAAUUACUUAAACAAUUCAAUUGAUAAUUUGUCCAGAAACAUCACAGUGGUAUGUCUAUAUAAGACUAACACAUCUCUUAGUUACUUAAUUUUGACCAUGCUUGGACAGUACUCUCCUUUUGUUUUAUUUUUUGUUCCAUCUCUGUUGCUAGUCACUUCUCUGUUGAGACAUACAAAAAGAAUGGGAGAAAACAUGAGCACUUCCAGGGACAUCAGUGCAGAGGCUCAUAUCAGAGCAAUUAAAGCUCUCCUCUCUUUCAUUUUCCUGUACAUUUUCUAUAUGUUGGCACAGUUUUUUACAUUGACAAAUAAGUUCGCUACCAGCAGCCCCUACCUUAUAUGGCUCUGUAUUAUGAUACUAGCUGGAUAUCCCUCUGGGCAUUCUGUUAUCCUGAUUCUCAGCAAUCCCAAACUGAAAGAAGCAGCACUAAAGGGCUUGCACAAUGCCAGGUGUCUGCAGGAAGAUGAGAGUCAGUGA